UGUCAGGGAGAGACACGUCACAGGUGUAUUUUCCUAUGUGCUACGUACAACAGGAGAGAAACCCCACAGAAAGAGCACUGAGAAAGAGAGCCUCGGACGGCACUUGCAUCAGAACAAUGGGCCUGCUCACCAGAGACCUCCGGUGUGGUAGGCCAAGGAGACUUAGGCUCAUUUUUAACGCUGUUAUAAUGAGUGCGUGCCUGGUGCCCUUGUACCUGUGGGUGAACAAGCUGUUUGGGUUACCCUCCCCUCCGCUACUGCAACACAUCGCCACAGAAGACAGCGUACAGCAGGAGAUACCAUAUUCAGUAAUGGCAGAGACACUAACGUGGCCAACACCAACCUCGCGGCAACUCUCAAAGGCCCUAGUACCUGGGUCCCCCACCAAACCGGCAACUUUGUCAAGGACACCAGGUUCCAAAAGAAAAAUGAUCUUAUAUUGGACCCCAGCUAAAAAGUGUGACUAUCUGAAUCUAAACGAGAGGCCGGGGCCGACGUUUGAGGACCUCCAGUGUCCGGAAAACAACUGCUUCUGGACAGCCGACAGAACGAAAGUGAAAGAAGCUGACGCUGUCCUCUUUUUUCAACAUUGCAUCAGGAGAGUCACGAUCCCGCAGAAAAACCCGCAUGGCCGGUGGAUACUGGUCAACCAUGAAAGUCCCUGUGAGAGCUUUAACAAGUGGUCUGACUGGGAUGGGCUUUUUAACUGGACAAUGAGGUACACGAAGAAUAGCGACAUCUACAGUCCGUACGCCAGGGUGGUUUUCAGUAAGGGGGAGGGCCCUGGUUUGUCAAAAGAACAGGCGUUAUCGAUCACUAAGAAGAAAACGAAACUGGUAGCUUGGAUGGUCAGUCACUGCCCCACUAGCAGCAGACGAGAAGAAUACGUAGAAGAGUUACAGAAAUACAUCCCAGUCGACGUGUACGGGAGGUGUGGGCCUCUUGUAUGUGCGCGAGGUGACGCGCGUUGUCAUGAGUUGCUAAACAACGACUACAAAUUUUACUUAGCAUUUGAGAAUAGUUUUGCAGAGAGCUACGUGACAGAGAAAUUUUUCUAUAUGAUUCCCUUACAUAUUAUUCCCGUUACACGGUCUCUGGCAAAUUACAGCGAGCUUGGAGUUCCGCCCAUAUUACACAUAGACACACGGGAUUUCAAAUCUCCAAAAGAUCUGGCAGAGUAUCUCAAACGUCUUGAUAAAGAUGAUGAGAGCUACGCCGCCUUACUGAGAGCAAAAGCGGAUUACAAGGUUUUUGACUGGAAGCAUAGUUACUGCGAUAUAUGCAGGAAGCUUAACGAUCCCAGCGAACCAACAAAGUGGUACAGUGCUUCAGAAAUAAUAAAACAACACGGUUCAUGCUUUCCACCAACUGACCUCUGACCCCUGACCUCUGACCCCUGACCUGUGAACGAACCUAUAUGUAUAUAACAGUAUGAUAUUAAAUCAUCAAGAGGUAUUUUUUGGGGUGGGGCUGGAACUCAGCAAGUCAUGGCCAAUAAUGACUUGAACAUUGACACUGACGCAUGGUAAAUCAUUUUAUUUUUUUGCACUAAUAACUCUUGAACGAUACCUGUAUGCUAUGUUGACAGGAAUGAGCUCACAGACGUUUAUUUAAUUUAAAACAAGAGAAUAAAUUAGUGAUAUGGAUACCAGAGUACAUUUCGGUAAUUAGAAAAAUACAGAAUUACCAAAAAUUGACAAUGCAUGGAAACUUAUAUCAACCCUCGCCUUUGAUCUGUUUUUGAUUCUCUCUCUCUCUCUCUCUUUCUCUCUCUCUCUCUCUCUCUCUCUUGACAACCUGCGAAAACGCCUCAGAAGUGCAAAAGUGGAAAAGGUGGAUUUAACCAUGUUCAUAGCAUAGAGAUGCUACACAUUCUAAUAUCACCCUUCAUUAUGGGUCUAAGGUGAAUG